CAGCGAGUCAGAUCGUGUGUGAGUGAGUAAGUGAGUGAGCUAGCGAGUGAUGCUACACCACUUUCAUCCUCCUCUUUUGGGAAGAGCGAGCGCUGACAGCAGUCCAUGUUCACAUCCAUUCUGCGUUUAAUUAUGACUCGUUCCCCCAAACAGUGAGCGUGCCAGGCGAGAGAACGCGCUAUGCUCUCAGCGCAUCUCAGCAGUGCGCACUUGUGCGUCAGACACAAUAAUUCACUCAAACUAUCCCCGUGUGGCCCGGAAGACUCCCCUGUUUCCAAUGAUGAGUUGUUUUCUCCCUCCUUUUCCUUUCUUCCCCAGUUUUUUCCCCUCCCCUCCAUUCAGAAGUGUUGCGUGUUGAGUAAGCGACUCGGAGCAUCAGUGUGAGUGAGAGUGCUGAACUGAAAGCAGUCGAGUCCAUCCAUCUGAGGAGGAGGAGGAGGAAUUACAGGGGAAAAGUAAAGCGCGAGGCUUCCAACGCCGCUCCUGUGGACGUAGACUUUUCUUCUGCUUAUUCUUUUUUUUUUUUUAAAGGACACGCAUGGUGCUUUUUAGCUGGAUACCGACUCAAGCUGCUUGAUCUUCUCCUUGAUUUUCCCCCCUUUCCUAUUUCACUCCACUUGAGUCUCGGCUUCACGGCACUUCAUCUCCUAAGCGGCGAUGCUGCUGCGUGACGCGAAUUAAGAAGAGUUUUUCCCCCCAAAUUUGCCCAAAACGCAAAGAAAUUAGACCUUCCAAGACAAAUCCCCACCCACUCUGAGCAUGGACUUGUUGAGUGAAUCCCAUGUGCUGGUGCUUUUCCUCACCUGCCUGGUGUCGCUGUGCUGGGCCCAGGAGAAGGAUUACACGGUGAAGGAGGAACAGCCAGAGAACGUGCGCAUCGGGAACCUGCGCAAAGACUUGGACCUAAACCUGGACCCCAAUGUUAAGCUGUCCUCAGCCUUGGAGUUCAAACCCGUCUAUAAGUCGGGAGAAGUUCCUUUGGUGAGGGUGGAGUCCAGUACGGGCGAGAUUUUCACGACAUCAAAUCGCAUCGACCGCGAGAAGCUGUGCUCAGGCGUCUUCAAUGAGAAACGCUGCUUCUACGAGAUUGAGGUGGCUGUGCUGCCCGACGAGAUCUUUCGCCUGGUCAAGAUUCGCUUCCUCAUUGAAGACAUCAAUGACAAUGCCCCUCUGUUCCAGUCUACCGUCAUUAACAUCUCCAUUCCCGAGAAUACAGCCAUCAAUAACCGCUAUCCGGUACCCUCAGCUUUCGAUCCUGAUGUGGGGCUUAAUGGCAUCCAGCACUAUGAGCUUGUCAAGAGUGUGAGCGAAUUUGGCCUGGACAUCAUUGAAACUCCAGAGGGAGACAAGUGGCCCCAACUCAUAGUCCAACAAAAUUUGGAUCGAGAAACCAAGGACACUUUUGUGAUGAAAAUCAAAGUGGAAGAUGGCGGCACACCUCCAAAGUCCAGCACAGCCAUCCUCCAGGUCACUGUCUCAGAUGUAAAUGACAAUCGUCCAGUGUUCAAGGACAGUGAGGUGGAAGUGAAAGUGCCUGAGAAUGCCCCUAUGGGGACAUCAGUCACUCAACUUCAUGCCACUGAUGCUGAUCUUGGCUCCAAUGCUCAGAUCCAUUUUUCCUUUAGCAAUCAAAUUUCUCCGGUAUCCAGAAGGCACUUUGUUAUCGACAGUUCUACUGGAUUGAUUACGAUCAAACAGCCAUUGGACAGAGAAUCCAACCCAGUCCACAAGCUCAUAGUCCUGGCAAGUGAUGGUAGCACUACACCUUCAAGGGCUACUGUCAUAGUAAAUGUAACAGACAUUAAUGACAAUGUUCCAUCCAUAGACACUCGGUAUAUAAUAAACCUUGUUAAUGGCACAGUAUUGUUGUCUGAAAAUGCCCCUCUAAACACAAAAAUAGCUCUAAUUACAGUGACUGACAGGGAUGCUGACCUUAAUGGUAAAGUGACAUGUUACACGGAUCAUGACGUACCCUUUCGGUUGAAACCUGUUUUUAAUGACCAAUUCUUGUUGGAAACUGCGGCACCCUUAGAUUACGAGACUACUCGAGAAUAUGCAAUUAAGAUAGUAGCUUCAGAUUCAGGGAAACCUCCUUUAAACACUUCUGCAAUGGUCCUCAUUAAAAUCAAGGAUGAGAACGAUAAUAUCCCAGUUUUCCCUCAGCCAGAGAUUCAGCUGUCCAUCCCAGAGAACAAUGACCCUGGCACACAGCUGAUAAAGAUCAGUGCCAUGGAUGCAGACAGUGGCUCUAAUGCCCUAAUAAUUUAUACCCUUGGCCCAGACACACCUGAUGGGUUUAACAUAGAUCCACGUUCUGGUAUACUCUCUGUUAGCAAGAGACUGGAUAGAGAAAAACAGGAAACCUUUUCAUUUACAGUCUUUGCCAAGGAUAACGGUUCUAAUCCUCUGCAAAGCAAUGUCACAGUGAAGCUAAUUGUCCAAGACCAAAAUGACAACAGUCCAGCCUUCACCCAUCCUGAAUAUAAUUUCUACGUGCCUGAGAACUUGCCUUUGUAUGGCACAGUUGGCUUGAUUACAGUUACAGACGCAGAUGCUGGAGAUAAUUCAGUGGUUACCCUCUCAAUUAUAAAUGGGAAGGACAAUUUUAUUAUUGACCCCAAAACUGGCGUAAUUAAACCAAACAUUACAUUUGACAGGGAGCAGCAAAGUUCCUAUACCUUCAUCGUCAAAGCUGUGGAUGGAGGAUUAAUUCAGACAACUUCAUAUGCCAAGGUCACCAUAAAUGUUGUUGAUAUUAAUGACAAUCGACCUGUGUUUGUCAUCCCACCUUCCAACUACUCCUAUGACCUAGUCCCUUUCACAACCAGCCCUGGUUCUGUGGUGACUCGAGUGUAUGCCAUUGACAAUGACACUGGCAUGAAUGCAGAGCUGCAGUACAGCAUUAUUGGAGGGUCACCAAGAGGACUGUUUGCUGUUGACAAAACUACAGGGAACAUUACUCUGCAAGAGAAGAUAGUUAAUGCUGAUCAAGGCCUUCAUAGGUUGGUGGUAAUGGUCAAAGACUUAGGACAGCCAGACCCCUUGCAUGCAAUUGCACUUGUUCACUUGUUUGUGAACGAUACUGUCUCCAAUGCUACAUUCAUUCAGGAGCAAGUCCGCAAAAGUAUGGAAACACCCUUGGACAGAAAUGUUGGGGACAACAAUGUAAUCCCACAGACCAAUAGCUAUGUAAUUGUUGUCAUAGCCAUAAUUGCUGGGACCAUGACUGUCAUAUUGGUGAUAUUUGUGACUGCUUUGGUACGUUGUCGACAAACACCCAGGCACAAAGUUGUUCAGAAGGGCAAGCAAAGCGGUGAGUGGGUAUCGCCAAAUCAGGAAGGCCGGCAGAUCAAAAAGAAGAAGAAGAAAAAGAAGAGGUCCCCUAAGAGCUUGCUGCUGAACUUUGUCACUAUUGAUGAAUCCAAAUCUGAAGACCCUACUCAUGAGCACAUCAAUGGCACCUUAGACCUUCCAGUUGAGCUUGAGGAGCAGACAAUGGGAAAGUAUAAUUGGGCCACCACACCAACCACAUUUAAACCUGACAGCCCUGAUUUAGCCAAGCAUUACAAGUCAGCAUCUCCUCAGCCUACCUUUCAGAUCAAACCAGAAACCCCAGUGGCUCCCAAGAAGCACCAUGUCAUUCAGGAACUCCCCUUGGACAACACAUUCGUAGUUGGCUGUGACUCUCUCUCCAAAUGCUCCUCCAGCAGCUCCGACCCCUACAGUGUCUCUGAGUGCAGCUGUCAAGGGAGCUUCAAGGCACCUGGGCAAAUUCACACCCGACAGAACCAGAACCAGACUCCAGACAAGACAUUGGCUGCAGUUCCUGCCACUUGUCCCCAUAAGCAGAGUCAGCGGCGUGUGACCUUUCACCUUCCUGAUGGUUCUCAGGAGAACAGUAAUGCCACUGGACCAAUGGAACAGGAGGUGGGCAGCAGUGCCAGUGUCACUAGCACCACUCAGUCUCUGCCAUUGGGAUUCCCACAAGACGAGUACUACGAGCAGACUUCACCCAACAGCCGCACUGAGGGUGAUGGCAACUCUGACCCCGAGUCUACUAUUGAAGUGAACCUGCAGAAGGCCAUGACUGAGGCCUCGGAGACCUGCACCCAGGAAUGUCUGAUCCUCGGCCAUUCUGACAGCUGCUGGAUGCCCCCGGCGGUGACCCAGUUCCAGACGACUGCUGCUGCCACGUUGCCCUCGUUCAGCCUUCAGCAGAGCUGGGCACGCAGCGGCGCUAUGCCAGACGGGCGUCACACCCUUGGCAGAUCUGUGCCCAGAGAUGAUCUGGACAAAGGGAGCAAUCGGCCUCAGUUCUACAGCACACUGGACAGACACUGUAGCAAGAAAGAGGAUGCUGUGAAGGUCAUUCCUUUGGCCAGCUUCUCUGCCACAUCGAGCCCGCAGAACUCGGGUACUGGCGUCUCCUCCGCAUUCUUACAUGAGCAUCAGCUAUAAAGCAAGAAGCAAGCAUUUCCAGUAAGUUACAGCAACACAAAAAAGUCAGUGAUGAGAAAACCAUUACUAAGUUGACAACUGACAAAAUAAAAUCUUAACAAAGUUUAUCAGUCUGUAUUUCCAAUGCUUAUAAAAGCAUUUCUUUUUUUGUCUUUGUCAGGAUAAAAAUCAAUUAAGUGAACGGACAGUCAUAAUACUUUCACAACACCAGACUCUAUAGUCACCAGACUACAUAAUCUGUAGAUCUAAACCAAAGUAGCAUCUCAAGUGAAAAACAGAGUUUAAAAAAAAAAAGCUGUAUCUUUGGUAGGUAGCGGCUAACGAAUCGAGCUUCAGAGAUGAUGUCAAUGUUUUUUGAGAGUUUUAAAUAUGAUGUAAUUAUGGAACACAAAUAUAUGCUGUUGAAUGAAGUUAGUGAGGUGUUAUUUGUGUGAGUGAUUCAGUGAAAUUCAGUGAGUAUAUAGCGUGAAUUGUUUCUAGAAAAUUUUUCUCCUCAUCUGUGUGUUGCAGAGACUCUGUCCAGACAACAGACAUGUUAUUAUGCCUCACUACAAAUAUUUAUCUCACUCUCUAAUAACAUGUAGAAAGUUUUCUCAAGAAAUCAGCUAUUUUUCUUCAUGAACUGAAAAGCAAGGCUUCCUCUAAUGUCUGUAGUUUCCAUGCAUUGACACCCUAUUUUCUCCCAUCAUUAUGAACCUACUCAUUUUCUUAUUAACCAAGCCGGGGAAGGCACAGACAGAUGUGCUAAAGAGCCGUCCUUUGUUUUCCUUCUCUCCUACAUCAAGUUUCAGUCUUGAAAUAUACAAUUUAUGCACCUUAACAAGUGCUAUGGAACCAAUUAUGAGAAUCUCCUGAUAGUAUAAUUACUUUGAUCUGUAAUCACUGUAGCAGCCAUAGCUGUGGAAGACUGCUCUGUAAUAGUAUAAUUGGCUUACUUUUUCUUUGUGUGCAUGUCUGGGUGUGUGUUACCUUUGUGGCCCACUACUCUUUUAAAAUCCAUGGAAAAACAACAACAACAACAACAAAAACAACAUCAGCAACAACUUCAGUCAAGGACCUCAAACUUAUUUGUGACCUGUAUGCUUUUUGGCUGCUAAAUAAAAAUAGAAGCUCUUGUUUGUCACAUCCACAUUGUAGCUUUCCAUAGUUAGUUAUGAGCUAUAAGUGGAAAAAUUAAGCUGUGUUCAUCAUGCAGACCUAAAGACUUAUAGCAGACAUUGUCAAUCAUAAGUCCACCAAGCAAUAUCAAGGACUGAAAGUGUAAUUACAAACAUCACAGUGCAGUUAAUUAGGCAUUUUUCUUUAUUUUUUUCUUUGCUUCUUUGAAUAAAACAAAUUCCCAUGCACUCUUUUAUUUUCUAUAUUAAUUUGGAAUUAGGCAGACCCCAAAGAGCCAGCUUCAGCAAGCAUACUUUCUUUAAUUCAGCAAUUCUGCUUAGUACAUACUGAUGAAACCAAAGCAUUUGAGUUAGUGAUCCAAAAAAUUACUUUCUUAUAAAUUAGGUGGAAUAGCAGUGGAGGAAUGUAUGCCAGGAGAGUGGUAUGAUGAGCCUGGCUCUGCCGUAUUGCUCAUUGAUCUGAGAGAAUGCACAGUUGCAUUGGCAGCAACUCCCUGGACUACAGCAAAAAAUCCCCUUUAACGCUGUUAAUCAAUGAGAAGAACUAUAGGGUGGUACUGUGUCAGGAGAUACUUCCAUGGACUGGCUGUACAGUAGAACACUUUUCUGCUUACUAAGACAGUAUCAUUUGAAUAGAGGUUUAAUGCUUGUUGGAUGAACACUAGCUCUACUCAUUGAAGAGAUAAAAAGGGAGAGCCAAGGUUAAAAAUUCUAAUUGCAUUAAUUUAUGGCAGUCUAGAAAUUCUAGAAAUUCAUAUGUUUUGUCACCAGUCAUUAUUCUGUUGAUAAUUAUGAGCUGGUAGUUAGACUAAGCAAAUUUAAGUAUAUCAUUUGAGGUUUUUAAACUGUUCUACUUCCCAGUUUAGUCUGGAGAAAAAUUUCACAUUGUUUUCAAACUGCAUGCAUCCACAAUAUUUCAACAAUGUUUAAACAGAAAACAAAAUGCCAUACAAUUUCAAUUCACCACUAGCUAAAUAAAAUGAGCUCUUAAUAAUAAAAUAUUCAUAAAGGUAUAUUUAAUAAAUAAUCGGUAUAUAUAGUGUGUAGCUAGUUUAGUUGAGUUACAUUUGGUGCCAAAGUUUUCGCAAGUUAAAAAAUCUGCAAAAAUCACUAAUAGAAAAAUACAUAAAUGUAUACUAUUUUCAUGACAAUUCUCCCUUUUCUCCCUUUUAACACUUUUUAUGUUUUAUACCUUACUAUCCAGUGCAUUGUGAAAGCAACAUGAAUCAGCAACAUUAACCAAAAGCAUUUAUUUAUAAUACUCUGGAAUAUUGUGUGAGGAAAUUCAUAUCUCACUAGCUCUCAUCUGUUGCAUUUGCAUGACCUUGAGAGUACGUUGUGACCUUUGACCCUUGGCCCAUUUAUGAUGGUGAAGAGGUGCAUUGUGUAGCCAUGUGACCUCUUGGGUUGUGUUAUAGAUCUGAACUUGUCAUGGCAGUAAUGAUAAUGCACUGUAGUACUGAUAAGGCAAGCGCUCCUUAAUAUCAGCACAUCAACACAUCAAAUCAACUUUAAUCAUCAUGUGGCAAAACAAAGAAAAAUGGAAAAGGAAAUGAAGGGGGGGAAACAUGUAUAUAUUUAGAAUAUAUUUAUACAUGUAUAUAUUGACAAAAUGUUGGCAAAGGGAAGUGUGAUUGGUAUGUUUUGAACUUAUCAAUAAAAUAUGUUUAAAAAGCUUCAAUUUAUAACAUAGAGACAAUCUUCAUCAUAAUGUAAGAAUUCAUUAUGCAUACAU